AUGAACAACAUCACCAUUCAGUUGGGGGCAUCUCACACCCUCUGGAAUAUUGGACAGACUAUUUUUACAACUCACUUUGGAGAUGUGAACAGCUCGGAGAACAUGGGUGCCUGGCGUACCCUAAAUGCUUUGGGCACCCCUCCUAGUAAAGUUCUCCAGAAAAAAGAUUUUACAGGGAUGAUACAACACUUGGAAAGAGUACAUGAAGCAACUCUAUUCCACUGUCUAAGGGUUGUCAUGAAGAUUGACCGGCAGCCCAUAACUGACGAUCGGCCCAAAAUUGAUAUUCCCAAAUGGAACCAGAUCAUUGAUGAUUGCUAUCAAAGGUAUUGCUCUCCACAAGCGAGGCGCACUGCCUAUGAGGAGUGUAGUAUCCCCAAACUGCCCAAGAAGAAAAAAUUGUCUGAGGCUGAGGUCGAAUUGCUCAACCAACGACACAGGAGAUCAAAGCUUUCAAAUCUGCUGGGCCGGCUUCAUGACUUCUCAACAGUAGUUGAGGCAAACCGGGCCAUGAAGCAUGGGUAA